UAUUAUUCUCCUUUUAGCAAUGAAACACCACGCUUUGUCAUUUCUUUUUAUCUUUGUCACAUUCUCAUCUUAUCUCACUGCAGCACAUAUAUUGAAGAUUCCAAGGUUGAGCCCAAUUGCUGAAUGGGAAACAACCUUACGCGACCCUAUUGCAAUUGCAAAUGAUGAUACACAAGAAGAUGUCAAAACAUUUUACUACAAUCAGGUUCUGGAUCACUUCAACUAUAAGCCUGAGAGCUACCAAACAUUUCAACAAAGAUAUUUGAUCAAUUUCAAGUACUGGGGUGGUGCAAAUUCUAGUGCCCCAAUACUUGCCUACCUCGGUGCAGAAUCAUCAAUAGAUAAUUCCUCUACAAACAUAGGAUUUCUUGUUGAUAACGCACCUUCUUUGAACGCUCUCUUGGUAUACAUAGAGCACCGGUAUUAUGGGAAAUCAAUACCAUUUGGAUCAAGGGAAGAAGCAUUCAAGGAUGCCAACACUCUUGGGUAUUUUAACUCUGCUCAAGCAAUUGCAGAUUAUGCUGCAGUGCUCAUACACAUCAAGAAGACAUUACAUGCCCCUAAUUCCCCUGUGAUUGUAGUUGGAGGAUCAUAUGGUGGAAUGCUUGCUACAUGGUUUAGGCUCAAAUAUCCCCACCUGGCCAUUGGUGCCCUGGCCUCAUCAGCUCCAAUACUCUACUUCGAUAAUAUGACGCCACAAAAUGCUUACUACUCUGUUGUUAAAAGGGAUUUCCGAGAAGCCAGUGGAACAUGCUACGAAACAAUAGUAAACUCAAAGUCUGAAAUCAAAAGAGUAGCUUCUCAGCCAAAUGGUCUUUCCAUUCUGAGCCAGAAAUUCAACACUUGCAAUCCCUUGAACUCGUCUUUUGAGUUGCAGAACUACCUAGAGUCCAUGUACAUUCGUGCGGCUCAAUACAAUCAUCCUCCAAGAUAUCCAGUGAAUGUAAUUUGUGGUGGCAUCGAUGGAGCUUCUUUAGGGAGUGACAUCCUCAGUAAGAUAUAUGCAGGCGUUGUGGCUUACAUCGGAAACACCACUUGCAAAUUUAAUGGCCCUACUAAUGUAUCAGAGACACGUGUGGGUUGGAGAUGGCAGACAUGUAGUGAAAUGGUGAUGCCCAUCGGCAUAGGAAACGAUAGUAUGUUCCAACCUGCUCCUUUCAACUUCACAACAUUUGCCGAACAGUGUCACACAAAAUAUGGUGUCUCACCUCGUGCGCAUUGGGUCACUACUUACUAUGGUGGUCAUAAUAUAAAAUUGGUCCUUCAAAAGUUUGGUAGCAACAUCAUUUUCUCAAAUGGACUGAGAGAUCCAUACAGUAGUGGCGGGGUUCUGAAGAACAUUUCAGAGAGUCUUGUUGCCGUCCAUACAAUCAAUGGAUCUCAUGGCCUUGAUAUUUUGGCUGCAAAUCAAAGCGAUCCAGAAUGGUUGGUCGAACAGAGGAAGAUAGAGAUUAAGAUUAUCAAAGACUGGAUCACCCAAUAUCAUGCUGAUCUUGAUUCAAACUAAAUUAAAGGAAUGCUAAAUUCCUGAACAGAUGAUCGGAUGAAAAAUAAGUUAAAAGUAUCCCUUUUACACAUACGUAGGAAAAGUUUAAAUACACCACCAAUACACGUCAGUAAUAAUGAUGUCAGGUAGCCAAUGGAUUGGUGAAUUAUUGAUGAUGAUGUUGUAUAAUUUCAAAAAAAAAAAAACUCUUCUUCUUUUGGAAUAACAAAUUUUUUUAUUAAAAAGCUUGAGAACAAAUCUCUUAAGUGAGUAACUUUUUUUAAGAGGAAUAUAUUAAUAGAUAAUGUUGAGAAACAAACCUUCUCAAUAUAUAAGUAUAGUUACUAAACCAAUAAAGGUUAGCAUAAACGUAGGCACUGCAAUAACUCCCUCCAAUGACUUCUAAAGACCCCAUAAGUAAUGUCAAACCAAACAUAAGUAGGAGAGGUCUCUAUUGAAGUUGGAAACAGCGGUAGGCUCAACUGAAGGAUCUACCAAUCGCACUGCAAGAUAGAGAUUCAACCCAAAUGUAACUUUGGCUUUGAGAUUUCACCGCUCGGGUCCAUAAUGGUCAAUAGCUUUGACAACCAACUUACUCAAGACAAAGAAGAACGAUCUAUAAUCAUUCAUAACUUCUGGGAAAUGGACAACGACCCUCUUUGAAAAAAGUUCCCGCAAACUCAAUGGGUGAAAGAAAUUUCAGCCAAACAGAGGCCCUCGGGACAUUAAAAUUACGAUGCAAUCCUUCCCCAUACCAGGCAAUUCAAUCCAAGAAGCAAGGAUAACUUUAUCCCUGAAGCAAUG